AUGAGGGCCCUUCUUGUAUUGAAAGACCCUGAAGACAAUGAAAAGUAUGAACAAAUCUUUCUCACCGACGAAGGCGUUUGGAAUUUUUUAAAGGAUGAAAUAAAUGAAUUUGAUAAUGUGUGCACCUCCAAACAACUAGCCAAGUGGAUAGCCAGCAGUAGAAAUUGGAGACAGCUGGAUAUAAGAAGGCUAAACAAUGUCUGCCCUAGAGGUAGAAACUUGUACCUCCUCAAAAGUCAAUACAGAACUCAACCCAAUAUGAUGUUAAAGCUUGGCAAGAAUUCCCAAACUUCCAAAUUUAUAGAAUUACUCGAAUGUGAUGGCACAAUGGAAGGAAGAAUAUUUCAGAGAACAAAAACUGAAGAAUUUGAUUCUUUGCUAUUCAUCAUUUGUUUAAGCUUAAAGUAUACAGUAAACGGGAAAUGGACAAAUAAUUUCUGUCCCGCGUUUGAUGGAAAUUUAUUAGGUAUUGUCAAUAUUAUCUUUUUUUUUGUGGGUGAAUUUCCAAAGGUUGUUGAAGGGCAUGAUCCGGCAAUAACAUAAACAACGUUUGUAAAGAAGGGAUGGUUGGGCAUACUACAAUAAAUGUGCUUGACUUGUAACUUCAUUCAGGAGAUCAAUUGCCUUCUGAAGAGGUAAAUGAAGACGCGGGUCGGCUCUGAUGGUGAUGAAUACUCAUGUUUUCUUCGCCUGUGCCAUAAUCACUGGGUUCGUCAACAUGGUCUCGAUAAUAAUCAUGGGGUUGGAUAUCACUUUCGGUAUACUGGUCAUACAUAUCACUGCUUCCGUG